UCUCUGUGUGUCCCCUAGGAUUCCACACAGGUGAAGCGAGGACAAGGACGAGAUCUGCAUCUACCCCAUCUGUCCAUCAACGACCCAAGUGCCUCGGUGCCGGCCACCCUCAGGUCACCUCAACCACGACGGGCGCCAAACAACAAAAGUCUUGACCCGGCAACCCUCAGACAACCUGCACAAAGCAAAUAUUUGAAGCCAUUAUAUCUAAUUUCUCCAGGCAGCCGUCACUGAAACAGCAAAGGGUGUUGUUAGGAGACAGAAGGAGAGAAGAAAAAGUGGGGGAGGAAAGAAUAACCCUUUCAAAGUGCACCCUGCUUGCUAUUUCUGCUGCGUUGUGGGUUGGGAGCGUCUCAUUUGGGAGUGAACUUGGCUGACAAAAAAAGGCCUUCCCUGUGCCCUGCCUGCAUAUCCAAAUGCCUGUAUAAAUACUGGAUAGAGAUAUCAAUUUGUGUGGUUUCUGACAUUGCCCAACAAAGAGACUGUCAGCUAUCUAUAGAAAACGUAGGAGUCUGUGGUCUCCCGAAUUGCAACACAUCUUUUACCUCUCAAAGUUGGUUCGAGAGCGGUGAGAACAGGAAUGAGAGCUACCACUGUUUUCUGCACCUAGAAACCUUUGCAGAAUCUGUAGACUUGAACCUUCAUAGGGCCAACAACUGCUCUCUGAGGGACACCAGAAGCUGGCAGUCAUUUGUGGGCUGCAGUUUUGAUGUCUUUCCCAGCUCAGUAAAUAAACAUGAAGCCCCUAACGCCAAUUGGAUCCCCCUCCCCUCUGAGGCUCCUGAACAAGGGUCCAGCCUACCUGCGCAGGACGAUAGAUGGUGGAGGAUAUGGACGCUCAAUCAGCGCUGUGGAGAGGCUUGAGGCGGACAAAGCCAAAUAUGUUAAGAGCCAGCAGGUGAUAAAUACCAAACAGGAGCCAGUGCUGGUGCCAUGCGCUACUCCACCACCGCAGCCCCGGCGAGCUUUAUCCACCCCCGGCAGCCUGACGCCUCGUCUCACCCCACGCUGUUCAUCAAACACCCCCUUCUCUACACUCUCUGGCUCCUUCACCUCAAGAGACGAGAAUGAAAAUGACGACUCCAGGAAGGAGAACAGACGGACUUCUGUUGACAUCGAGGCGCAUAACCGGAGCAAUGUGAACAAUGUUUUGCCUCCCAACCCCAGGACUCCGGGCAUCAACUUGGUAGCGCCCCACAGUGCCCCUGUACUCAGAAGAAGCAACGGCAAACGCAUGCUGAGGCCGGACUCCCUCCUCAUGUACAGGCAGAAGAAAGAGUGCAAGAGCCCCGAAGGUGCGGCAGUUGUAGAGAACAUUAACAGUGAAGUGAAGGGAUACAGUUUUGUCCGUCGCCUCUUCCAGGGCUCCAUGAGGGAGAAGAGUAGCGGAGGUGAUGGCAAGAUCCAGAAGAUGGUGAUUGGUGAAGAGAAAGCGUCAUCACGGGAUGGAGAUUCCCGCAUGUCUUGGACCAAUGACAAAGACAAUACUGACGGAGGACCGGGGAGCAGGAGGUCGAGUAAAACUGACCAUGAUCGCAGCCCAGGGUCGAUCCCCAGCCCUGGGUUUAGCUCUUUGCUUGAACAGACUAAUAAUGGAUUUACAAACGGUACCAGUGAUGGUAUCAACACUGACAACCACUCAAGUGACCAUGAUGAUGCGAACGACCCAUGGAAGCGGGCGUCACCCCCACCAACACCCAGAAAGCAGUUUGGGUCCGACCUGCGCUGCUCAGUAGCGUUGUCAGAUCAGGAGAAUUUCUUUGACUUUUGCGGGCUGGAUUUGGACAUGAUAGAUCGUCUGGGCCGUGAGAACUUCCUCUCCGGGGCCAGCUCCAUAGACACACUCUCGCUGGCCCUCCGCAGCGUGGUAGGGGACGGCUGUGGCGGCUCGGAGCCCAGCGAGUUCUCGCAGCACUCAGGAGACGGGCUGUUUCAGGAGGAGCUGGCUGAGCAGCUUCCCAACGGCGUGUCAAUCAUUGAGAGGAAUGCUCGUGUCAUCAAGUGGCUUUACGGGUGUAAGAACGCUGCUCGAGAGGGACCCAAAGAGUCUACUGUGUAAUAUAGGCACAAGGAACCAUGUGUGGUGGAGUGCUGGUGUCUGAAGGGUUUCCUCUAACAAGAACUUUUUUU